AGCCAUUUAUGAGCGUUUAAAGUCCACGCUGACGCAGCCGGUGUGCGCACGGUGCCACCGCAGACACAGAAAACACUGCAGGAGCCAUCACAGCGACUGACCCACGACGACAUGUGGAGGAACUCACUGCUGAGCGUGGGGCUGCGAGCGCAGUGGCUCUCCAGCGGCGUCUCGGCGCUGGGCGCGCAGUGCGGCACAGCAGUGAGGCGCCACGACGCGUCCGCCGCCGCCGCCGCCACGCGUCACGACGCCAAACUCAAGACUAUGGACGAUUUGGGUGGACCAAGUUUCAUCACAACUUUAUACUGGCUUUUUAUUAAAGGAUACUUCCAAAUCACGCAACAACUGCAAAUUGAACACAGCAAGAUCUACGGUCCUUUGUGGAAGUCAAAGUACGGUCCUCUGAUUGUGGUGAACGUGGCCAGCGCUGAACUGAUAGAGCAGGUGUUACGUCAGGAAGGGAGACACCCAAUCCGGACGGACAUGCCUCACUGGAGGAGCUACAGAACGCUCAGGAACCAGGCCCACGGUCCCCUGACAGAAAUGGGGGAGAAGUGGCAGAAAAUCCGCAGCAUCUUGAACCCUCGGAUGCUGAAGCCCAAGCAUGUUUCUUCCUACAGCAAUACCAUCAACGAGGUGGUGACAGACUUCAUUCACAGAGUGACCUGGCUACAGGAAACCAGCGGCAACAGAGUUAUGGUCAACGACCUCACUGGAGAACUCUAUAAAUUUGCUUUUGAAGGGAUCUGUGCCGUGUUGUUUGAGACUCGCAUGGGGUGCAUGAAUCAGGUGGUGCCAGAAGAAACCCAAAAGUUCAUCUUCUCUGUCGGGGAAAUGUUCCGCCUCUCCCCCAUCAUUGUGCUGUUCCCACAGUCCACCUGGCCCUACAUGCCAUUUUGGAAAAAGUUUGUGGCAGCCUGGGAUCAUCUCUUUAAAGUCGCUGAGGCUUUGGUACAGAAAAAAAUGGAAGAGAUCCAAGCGAGGGUGGACUUGGACCACAGUGUGGAGGGAGCGUACCUCACACACCUGCUGCUCAGCGACAAGAUGACGGUUCCUGAAAUCCUCGGCAGCAUCACUGAGCUGCUGCUGGCAGGAGUGGACACAACCUCCAACACAAUUUCAUGGUCUCUGUACAACCUGGCAAAGCAGCGCAAAAUCCAAGAACGGCUGUACCAGGAGGUGAUCAGUGUUUGUCCUGGAAACAAGGUGCCGGUCAGUGAUGACAUUUCUCACAUGCCCUACCUGAAGGCCAUCAUCAGGGAGACGCUCCGACUGUAUCCGGUGGUACCAGGAAAUGCCCGAGUGACUGCUGAAAAUGAGAUUGUGGUGGGAGACUAUCUCUUCCCUAAAAAUACUCUGUUCCAUCUGUGCCACUACGCGGUGUCCUACGAUGAGAGCAUCUUUCCCGAGGCCAAAAGCUUCUUGCCUGAGCGGUGGCUCAGAGGAGGAGAUGAGAAGUACAAGCUGCACCCAUUUGGAUCAGUGCCUUUUGGUUUUGGGAUCCGGGCCUGUUUGGGCCGGCGGGUGGCUGAGCUGGAAAUGUACCUCCUCCUGUCCAGGAUAAUAAAGCAUUAUGAGGUGAGGCCAGAUCCUGCUGGAACUGCAGUCAAGCCAAUCACCAGAACCCUUCUGGCUCCUGCUGUGCCAAUCAACCUGCAGUUUAUUGACAGAAGAGCCAGAGAGGAGGAGUCAAGAACAGCAACACAUGCUUCUGUUUAAGAUACUCCAGGAUUCACACUGUGCGGUCUGCCUGUCAGCACGUCAUCAGAACUGAAUUAGCUACAUUCCAUUGAAGGCAUUUGUACUGUGUUGUACGGUACACAUACACAGCACUGGGAAAAAAAGGUUUUCAUGCUGUCCUGUUUUAUCAUAUCUGUCACACUCUUAGAUUGUGACACAAACUGUAAUAUGAUUUCAGAAAACACAAAGUACAAGUUGUUUUUUUUUUAAAAGAUGAUUUAUUGUAUUGCAG